UUGUAUGUAUAUCUAUCUCUCAAGGUAGAACUUUUAUUUAGUUUGUAUGUAUAUCUAUCUCUCAAGGUAGAACUUUUAUUUAGUUUGUAUGUAUAUCUAUCUCUCAAGGUAGAACUUUUAUUUAGUUUGUAUGUAUAUCUAUCUCUCAAGGUAGAACUUUUAUUUAGUUUGUAUGUAUAUCUAUCUCUCAAGGUAGAACUUUUAUUUAGUUUGUAUGUAUAUCUAUCUCUCAAGGUAGAACUUUUAUUUAGUUUGUAUGUAUAUCUAUCUCUCAAGGUAGAACUUUUAUUUAGUUUGUAUGUAUAUCUAUCUCUCAAGGUAGAACUUUUAUUUAGUUUGUAUGUAUAUCUAUCUCUCAAGGUAGAACUUUUAUUUAGUUUGUAUGUAUAUCUAUCUCUCAAGGUAGAACUUUUAUUUAGUUUGUAUGUAUAUCUAUCUCUCAAGGUAGAACUUUUAUUUAGUUUGUAUGUAUAUAUAUCUCUCAAGGUAGAACUUUUAUUUAGUUUGUAUGUAUAUCUAUCUCUCAAGGUAGAACUUUUAUUUAGUUUGUAUGUAUAUCUAUCUCUCAAGGUAGAACUUUUAUUUAGUUUGUAUGUAUAUAUAUCUCUCAAGGUAGAACUUUUAUUUAGUUUGUAUGUAUAUCUAUCUCUCAAGGUAGAACUUUUAUUUAGUUUGUAUGUAUAUCUAUCUCUCAAGGUAGAACUUUAA